AUUGCCCACCCCCUCUCAGCUGCAGCAGCCCGCACGCAUUCAGUUGUAGGCUUUUAACGACGGACACUUGUCGUCUUCCCCGCGCACUUCAGAUUGUCAAAUCUCGUUUGUCUUUCCUCUUCCAUGGCCGCGCGUGCUGAGAUUUGCGUUCAGCAGUGCAAUAGUUAAUGAGUGCCGGAUGCGCCCUCACUCCAGCAGACCGCUACAGUACGAAGAUGGCGUCGGAGGGAGCCAGCGGAGAGCAGCCUCCCCCGGUACAAACACUGGCAACCACCGUGCUGGGCAGCGUCGACACGAAAUGUGAGUUCAACAUGGAUAACCUGAGCAAACCGGAGCUCCUCACCCUGCUGAGUAUCAUGGAGGGAGAGCUGGAAGCCCGAGACCUGGUCAUAGAAGCCUUGAGAGCUCAGCGGAAGGAGGUGUUUCUUCAAGAACGGUACGGCCACUACAGCCUGACUGACCCCUACCUGGCACUUCAGAGGGACUUCGAAGGCGGAGUCCCCGGAGGAGACAAGGAACGGCGUGCCCUAGGGUCCAGCCCCAUCUCCGUCUUGGAGGCCGUCAUGGCACACUGCAGAAAGAUGCAGGAACGCAUGUCUGCCCAGCUGGCUGCUGCCGAAAGCCGUCAGAAAAGGCUGGAGAUGGAGAAACUGCAGCUCCAGAGUUUAGAGCAGGAGCACCGCAAGCUGACGGCACAGCUGAAGGAUGAGCGUGAGAAGAACAAGCAUAUUGUCAUGAUGCUAGUCCGAGAGUGCAAGCAGCUUGCCACACGGGUCGUAGAGGAGUCACAGCGCUUUGAUGAGCUCCAGGCUCGCCUGGAUGAGGAGAGUCGCACCUCUGGCCGACUCCAGGAGGAGUUGAGCUCUGAGCGCCAGCGCAGCCAACAGAUGGAGGCGAAGAUGGAGAAGCAGCUGUCAGAGUUUGACACGGAGCGUGAACAGCUGCGUGCAAGGCUGGGCCGUGAGGAGGCAGAAAGCCUGAGUCUGCGGCAGCAGGUGGAGCAGCUCAGGACUGAAAGGGGUGAAGGCAAGGAUGGAGCUGGUCUGCCUGCUGCUAGUAGACCAGAACCUGCUGCUGCCACCAGUACGCCACCCAAACCUAAAGCUCUGACGUCUGUUUCUGUAGCUACAGAGCCCAUUAGUUCUCGAACAGCGUCUUGCCAAACGGACCUGCCUCCCACAGAGGUGGAGGGUCCUAAGAAGACCCCUCUCACUAUACCUGUCAAACCAACCCCUGCCAACUAUGUGGGCCUGAGCCUGCCAAAGACGACUGGCCGGGGAAUCGUCCACAGCAGCUCAGGAGGACUGGCACAGACAGAAAAUGGCUCGGAGGGCAAUGCCCCCCACGGCUUACCCAGCGGGGUCAGUCCCCGUGUCCAGGCUGCCCGCUACAAGUUCCAGGAACAGGACCAAAAUGGCACGGCAUCCCAGAGUCCUCCAGCCCGUGACCUUUCUCCCACCAACCGCGAUAACUUUGCUGCCAAGCAGCAAGCACGUCACACCGUCACACAGGUCCUCUCACGCUUCACCAGCCCUCCUGCAGGAGGGACUGGACCCCUGCGUCCAGGCCUGCCCCAUUCUGCCUCAGAGGGAGGCCCUUUUCCCAGCCGCCUGAGCCACCCCAUUGGCCUAAAGUCUCCCACGGUGGCCAGGAUCGACAGGGGAAAUCCUCCUCCUAUACCUCCCAAAAAGCCAGGGCUUUCCCAGACACCUUCUCCUCCUCAUCCACCCAUCAAGGGGGUGGGGGACAGCAGCCGCACCCCUGGGGCUGGGUUAAAACCAGCCACACCCCAGCUGCCGCCAAAACCGGCCUUGGACCUGGUCCCAGCCCUGACGGCCUCUCAGGUGGGUGCCUGCCCCCCGUGCCGUUCCCCAGGGCCUGGCCGGGGCCCUCAGCGGCAUCCAGCAGCAGCAUGUUCAGAGUGCCCCCCAGUCAUCAGCUCUGCCACCACUGUCAGUAGCCCCUCCUCCAUAAACCCCCCCUCCACCUCCUCCUCCAUUAGUGCUCCAUCCUCCUGUAGUCCCCGUGCCUCAUCAGGCAGCCCCCUGGCAACAGCAUCAGGCUGGUGUCCCUCCGUAGUCUCCUCUCUAAGUGGCGGUGGGCCUGCUGCCCUGGACGGCGGGCGACCCCUGCUCCUCCAAGCUGCUUCCCAGGGAAAUGUCACUUUAUUGUCAAUGCUGCUUAACCAACCAGAACCAACCACCAACGACAUCACCACUACCACCACCACCACCACCACAUCCAUCAGUACCACCUCUACCACCAACAUCACCUCUACCACCACCAUGGAGAAAAAAUCCAGUCAUCUUAAUCAAAACCAUGACCUCAACCACAACCAAACCUCUGCCUUGUUUGCUGCUGCUCAGAAUGGACACACAGAUUGUGUGGAGCUGCUGCUGUCUUCGGGAUCGCCUGCUGAUGUUUUGGAUGAGAAUGGAUUCACACCUUUACACUUUGCUGCUGCCCAUGGCCAUAGCAGCUGUGUGGAGGUGCUCUUGACUGCAGGAGCUGCUGUAGACACAGUGGCAGUGGGGGGGCAGACAUCCCUCUUCCUGGCCUGUGAGGCAGGAAGGCUGGACUGUGCCCGGGUCCUGCUAAGCGCUGGAGCUGAUCGCUCACUGACUACUGUGGACAACUGCACAGCCCUACAUGCUGCUGUGCGCUCGGGACACGCCGACAUGCUGCGUCUCCUCCUAUAUCACCCACCCCAAAGUGACCCCACUGUGACUCCUGCCACCUUGGCACUGCCUGCUGCCCUGCUGAACCAGGCCAACAGUGAUGGCUGGACGGCUGCACACAUGGCUGCUGCCCUGGGCCUUAAGGAGUGUCUGGAGGUGCUGUGCAGUCACAGUGAACAGGACAUUGAGAGGAGGGAUAAGUGUAAUCGCACUAUUCAUGACGUGGCAACUGAUGACUGCAAAGAUCUGCUUGAAAACCUCCAAUUAUAUCGGGUCCAGGUGUAUCUCCAGUGUUCAGGAGGAGGGACAGGGUCCAUGUGCCCCAUUGAGGCCUUAGAAGAGGAUGUGACGAAGGGGCUCUCCAGUACCCACUGGGUGCUGGGCAGAGUGUCGGUUGAUCGUUCAACACGCUGGGCCCAGCUAAGCGCGGCCCUUAGCCACACCUUCACCUCCCACCUCCAGAUCCUGUGUGGAGAAUCUCAGAUGGCCAGAGAAGAGAUGCAGCGCCCCCCACUAGGCCUCAGUCCUGCCAGUAUCGCCUCCGUCCUCAUAGGAGAUACUGAAUGGUUACCAGGUCAGGAGCUACCUGUAUCCCCCUGGGACCUGGUCAGGAAACCCCUCAGCCAGUGCAUCACCAUCCGCCUCAAAGGUCUGUCUGAGUCAUGCCUCGAUGAAUUGGCUCUGGAAUCCCUCUUCCCCCUGCCGCUGCUGCACAACUAUGUCCGCCUGGUGGAGCAGUAUGGUAACCUCAUCUUUCAUGGGCUUCAGGGCAGCUGUCAGGAGUACAUCGCCAGUCUGGUUGCUCACUACAUCAAGUCGAAGCAGAAGGCAGGAGGGCUCAGCUGUGACGUGGUGAGGGUGGAGGUGGAAGAGAGCCUGACCAAAGAGCAUCUGCUUGAGACUUUCAUCAGCUGUGGUUUCCUGGUGCCAGCUGUGGGGUCAGGGGUCAGCCUACCAGCUCGACAUACUGAUCACUGUGUGAUAGUCCUGCUGGAAGGACUGGAGAAAGCUGCAUCCCUAACAGGCCUGCUCGGAGACCUCUGCCACAGUCUGGACAGUAGGAGCGCUGCUUCAUCACUGGUCCUGAACACUGGUCCCCACCACUUCCGAGAGGGGAACUUUCUGAUUGCAACAUUAUCGAAGCCCCGCCUGCAGGGAGCAGAGCUUCGUCUCCAGCAGCAUUUCCGCUGGGUCACUUUUCGUUGGGAUCAGGAGCCACUGCACGGCCUGCUGGGAAGGCACCUCCGCAAAAAGCUGCUUCACAAGAUGGGGACUGGACUUUGGUCUCCUGAUGGCGUCAUGGAGCGGUUGGUGUUGUGGGUGAGCCAGGUUUGGCAGCAGCUCAAUGCCUGUCUGUCCCGUCUGGGGACCCAUGAGGCUUUGCUGGGCCCGCAGCUCUUCCUGUCCUGCCCUGUGGUCCUAAACAACGCGCAGGCCAUUGUAAGGUGGCUGGCACGUCUCUGGAAUGCUGUGGUCGUCCCCCGUGUAGAAGAAGCCAUCAUCUCCCGGGUAACAGCCAAGCGCUCCUCCUCCUCCACCUCUCACUCUCCAGCCCCCUCAUCACAACGACCGUGUCUUAGCAACUGUGGGCUGAGUGCUGGACAACAGGCUGUGGUGAAAGCCGCUCUCAGCAUCCUGGUCAACAAGGCUGUACUCCUGGGAUGCCCCCUGCCUCGACACGAAAUCGACAGAUACCUGCUAGAGUUUCAGGGUGGCAUGUUCCCUCUGUCAGCUGUUGGCCCCUAUAAAGGAAGUGUGGGUGGCGGAGGAGGUAGAAGGGGACGGGACAGUGGCAAGUUGAGACGGUCCAACACCAGCCCUCGGAAGAAGGGAAGCCCUGCCUUAAAUUGGAGCAGCGGUUCCUUCAGAGAGGGUUCUCUGUCGAGCUCUGACGUCAGCUUGAUCUCCAAUGGCAAAGUCCAGAGACAGCCCGAAGGUCUGUCUGUUUUCUCUGAUGAUGAGACCGAUUUGAUCAGAGAACUGCAGACGAUGUGCUCCAGCAAAUCUGAGCCAGACAUCACUAAGAUCUCUCACACCAAAGAUGACAUGAUCCUGUUCUCCAGCUUGCCCAGAGAAGCAGUGCUCCCGCGAAAGGCCGAGCAGGAAACCGCAGUCCAGCAACGACCACAGAUGGAAAGAACUGUCAGUCAGUCCAGCCGCAGCUCCAACCAGGCGUCAGUCCAGAGCAGCGAUCGACGAUCGGGCCCACGUGUCAAAUCACAGCUCCCCAUUGCCAGCAGCCGAGGGCAGCACACCCGAGUCUCUGCGGCCGCCCCAAGCAGCAGCAAUAACAAUAAUGGCAGCAACAGCCCCAGCCGAAUCCAGACGCCCCACAGCCGCAGCAGAACUACAAACAGCAGCACCAACAGCAGAACAAAGCAGGCUCCACCCAGCAGCAGCAGCAGCAACAACAACUACUACAGCAACAUUGACAACAACAACCAAUCACAUGAGGAGAUCUGGAUUCUCCAUAGAGACCUGCAUGAAAACAAGUAGACAUUUUCCUCCCUCCUCCUCCCACGAUUCCUCCCGUCAUGAUGUAAAGACUAGGUACCUGACAACCUUUGACUCUUAGUAUUUGUACCUGUUACUAGUACUUGUUACACUGUAAUACAGUUGUGUACUUGGGGACCAUAGUUUCAUUCUAUUACAGUAUUUGAAUUAUGUGAUUGCUUGGGGUUAAAGAAAAGUGGCUUCUCGCGUGUGGGAAACAACACAAGGUAAUGCAGCAGGUUGUUGUACUGUUGCCUUAAUUCCAGUGCAGCAACCUGCAGCGAGUACGCGACAGUAUUCAGAGACGGGUUAAGAAUCGACUCACUUAUAGUAUUUAACCUGCCUCGAAACAGUCCUGGCACAGUAUUCUUGUGUACUUAAAGUGAAAUGCUGUACUUUUGAAGCCACUGAGUGUUUUUGGAUCAAAGAAAGAAAUAAGCAGGUUUUUCUUUUUCUUUUGUUUUUGAAUUUUUUUUGUUUUUGGUAUUAAGUAUCUUGAAAUAUUCACGUGUUUUAUCUUUAAAUAGUUGCAAGGUUGGUUAAAAUACUGUUGAAAUUAAUCAGGGUUUUACCAAAUAUUUGUACAUAAGAAUUAGUAAGUCUAAAUGCUCUAUAGAUCGGUGUAUGUGGUAUGUGGAUGCUUGUACAGUGAUUUAAAUCUUAAAGCAAAACAGCUGAGAAAAACAGGCAACUUGUAUAUAGUGUUUGUAAAUUGAGUUUUGGUUCUGAGCCCUUCACUUGUUUCAUAGUGAAGGAGGCUGUGGCAAUAAGUAAUAGAACUGUAUAAAUACAGGAUGUCCUCUGUCAAUUGUAAGCCAUAAUAAAUAUUUUAAAAGCUCAUCAGUUACCCCUGACUCGUGUUCAGCUGAGCCCCAGCUGAUCCCCAGAUCUGUAAUUCACUUUUUAUUCACGCUUCCCAUUAUUACUGUGUGCGUUUUUUAUUUUUAAGGACAUGUUUUAUUGGAAGCGUUUAUGUACAUAUAUAUAAAUAUAUCUAUACAUAUGUACAGGAGAGAUUUUAGGCAACAUAUGAUUUUGAUCUGUACGAUAGCUGUUUGAAGUUUAAAGAAUUGUCUUUUUUGUCAAGCACAAAAAUUAAACACGGCACUGUCGAAAC